UGAGAGCGUGAAGCCUCCCUCGAGUAAACACUCCAACGUGACUUCUCUCUUUAGCUUCAUAGACUACCAGAAAGAUACUCUCCUCUCAUGUUACCGGCUGCAUGUGUCACGCGAGCCCGGGCCGAGGCGCCCCUCAGGCGGCUACUCACCAGCCGAAGACCGCGGCUCUCCGAUAGCGCCAAACCGGCGAUUCGAGCCCAGCACACGCAUGUCGAUGUCGGAGGUCGACAUGUUGACGCAGAAGGACAUUCUGCUGUUUCGGGACGGCCGAGCAGUGGGAUAUCCGUGGACUUCGAGCAGACCAGAGAGGCUUAUAAGAGCAAGGACUCGUUGGAGCUACUUAGAAGUCUGGUGGUUCUCAAGAUGUGCUCAUACGACUUCCUGGUUGAUAAGAAUCAAGAGAUAAUGGAUUUCGGAAAGAAGGUAUUGGGUCAAAAAGCCUUUGAUCAGCUGAUGAAGAUGACGUUUUACGGACAGUUUGUGGCUGGCGAGGAUCACAAAGCCAUCAGGCCUCUCAUCCAGAAGAACCUGGCUUUUGGUGUGGGUUCAGUGUUGGACUACAGUGUGGAGGAGGAUAUCAGCCAGGAGGAGGAGCCACAGACAGCAAUGUACUCAAGUGAAUCCAGUGCUGAGAAAGGUGAGCACAAUAAAGACACGCUUGGUGGACCCCAAGCAUAUUUCUACGCAGACGAGAGUAAAUGCGACCAACAUAUGGAAACAUUCAUCAAAUGUAUCCAAGCAUCUGGCGGGAGUUCAAUGGACGGCUUCUCUGCCAUCAAAAUGACCGCUCUGGGCCGACCUCAGUUUCUGCUGCACUUGUCUGCGGUUCUGGUAAAAUGGCGGCGAUUUUUCAACUUUCUGGCAUCCAGGCAGGGUCAAGAUGGAAUAGAUGAUUUGGAGAAAAAGUUGGAUGUUUUGCAGAUUCAGGAAUUUUUAAGCAGUGUGGGUGCAAAAGAUGACUUCUACAAUGUGUUAACUACACAGAGUGACAAAGAUUCAGGGACUAUCGACCUCAUCGGGUGGGAAAGCAUCUUCAGUGACAGAGCAAACUUAGGGGAACUACUUGUUGUUCCAAAUGUUCAGCUUGGUGAACUGGAGCCUCUGCUGAAAGACUUCACUGAAGAGGAUGAAGGACAAAUGAAGAGAAUUCUGCAGCGCAUGGAUGUUUUAGCAAAGCACGCUGUAAAGAAUGGCGUCCGCUUAAUGGUGGAUGCAGAACAAACCUACAUGCAGCCGGCCAUCAGCAGACUAACACUAGAAAUGCAGAAAGUUUACAACAAGGACAAGCCCGUCAUCUUUAACACCUACCAAUGCUACUUGAAGGACGCUUUUGACAACAUAACUUUGGCUGUUGAGUUGUCUCGACGCGAGGGCUGGCACUUUGCUGCCAAAUUGGUGCGAGGGGCUUACAUGCACCAAGAGCGGGAAAGGGCAUUGGAAUUUGACUAUGAGGACCCCAUCAACCCUGACUAUGAGUCUACUAAUGAAAUGUACCACAGAUGUUUGGAUUUCGUACUAGAUGAGAUUGCCCUCAACAAAAAUGCCAACGUUAUGGUCGCGUCUCAUAAUGAGGACACAGUGAAACACACGUUACGGAGAAUGAACGAGCUGGGUCUGUUGCCCAGGGAAAACAAAGUGUUCUUUGGCCAGCUACUGGGCAUGUGUGAUCAGAUCAGCUUCCCACUGGGUCAAGCAGGCUUUCCCGUCUACAAGUACGUCCCUUACGGCCCAGUGAAUGAGGUGAUGCCCUACCUGAGUAGGAGAGCCCAGGAGAACCGAGGCUUCAUGAAGGGUGCCCAAAAGGAGAGAGCGCUGUUAUGGAAGGAGCUGAAACGUAGAUUGACCUCCAGGGAGCUUCUCUAUAGACCGCUAUACUGAAAGCAUCAAGUUUUUCUUCUCUUGCUGUCUGUAUCUCAUUCUUUUAUUUCUCCCAAUACCGCUCCCUCCUUUCCCCCAUCACUUGUUGAUGAUUCCCAUAUGCUCUAUCUUCCUUUACAUUUAUGUUCAUUCUUCAUUUUACCCUUCUCUGGUCUGCAAAGCACUUGUAUCUAUCAAGUGGGCAUCUUAAGUGCUCCAACAGGACUCGUGAAAUUGUCAACAAGUAGAGGUUGCCAAUUUUUUUUUCCAUCCACCUGUUCAUCUCAUGCAAGGACAAAAAUCACGCACAAAUAAGUGUUUUCAUUUAAAUGGUAAUACGUGAAUUGCCUUUUAUUGAUAAGGUGUAUGUACAGUAUAUUUGAAAUUUAGGCCUGUUCAUGUGUUCUCAUUACAUUGCUUGCACUAUUACUCUGCUUAGUAUUCAGGUAGAGAGUCAUCUUUUUAUACAUAAGCCUGCAGGUCUGUGCACUUGGUUUUAUGUUGACACAAGAUAACACUCACUGAAUAGAUCCACACAAUUUAGUGAGACCCAUCAAUUGGUGCUGUUUUUAACUCUCCAUGCAUUUGUUUUUAUCCGACAGUUAUAGCUUUCUAAAACUGAUCCUUACAGGAAACAUCUAAGGACAGGGACUCCUCAAGUUACGAACGAGUUCCAUUCCUACCGUGGGGAUGUAACCCGAAUUUCCGCUUAAGUCAGAUUUCCCCAUUAAAGGUAGAAAAAAAAUCAUCAAAAUAGAAAAACUAAAAUACAUACAUGAAAAAAAUAAGAUGUACUUAGUACUGUACUGCCGAGAGGGCGAUGGAGAGAUAAGGUUUUUUUAAAUAUUCAAUUGCAACCGAAAGAAUGGAACAUGAUUACUAAAGGCCUUUGCCAACGCCAGCAAAACAAAAAUAAAAAAACUCGCCAACUCCUUCACCCCUCCAUAUCUUCAGUCAGACACACAGUUCGUUUAGGUAUAGGCUAGAAAACAACACUCAACACAUCAGCAUUGCAACCUGAUGCAUAGAGGUAACCUGAUUCAUACAUUACCGUCCUUAUUUUUAUGUGGCGUGAGUCUUAAAUUUUUUGGAUUUUGACUGUUGACAACGAAAGACGAAAACGUAAAAACACUAAACUGCUUUUGGCGACGAGCAAACAACGGUUUUGGUCUAAACGCAGUCAUCGACUUCAUAAUCGUAUUGCCGGGGCGCGGGGCCAAUUAAUCGGGGGCCUAUCUCCGUCAAAACUGACCAAGUGGAAACCCAGACAAAUAGCUUUUUACUUGGAAAAUUCUUUUGAAUAAAUGCAUAAAUCCCUCAAUUCUUUAUAGAUAUGGAUGUUAAACAGUCUCGAUUCUUGGUUAAAAGCAAAAAAAAAAACCAGGCAGUUAGAAUUUAUUUUAAGUAAAUAUAUCGAAUGUGCUGCUUGUCUUUAAGUCACUGUGGCACCGCCUUACCACAACAAAGAGCUUUUUAUGUUGAAAUUCUUGUGAAUAAAUGCUUAAAUCCCUGGAUUCUUUAUAGAUAUGGAAGUAAAACAGUCUGGAUUCUUGGUUAAAAGCACAAAAAAAAAAAAAAAAAAAAAAACGGGCAGUAUAAUUUAUUUUAA